AUGGAUUCAAUGAUCAAAUAUGGUACUGUUUUCCCAGCUAGUAUUCUGUUGUUGUACCUUAUACUGAUUCUUGCCAAGUUUUUUCGCAAAGUAUGUUGGCUGCCCAGCCGUAUUCAAUACACCAUGAGAUCUCAAGGAAUCAAAGGCCCGUCUUACCAAUUCCUCCAUGGAAACACCAAAGAGAUUUUUAAUAUGCGGAAACAAUCCAUGAGUCGACCCAUGGAUCAUCUAUCGCAUGAAAUCUUCCCAAGGAUUCUGCCACAUAUUUAUUCAUGGGUAAACUUAUAUGGAAGAAAUUUCUUGAAUUGGUAUGGUCCUCAAGCUCAACUUGUGGUUACAGAAGUUGAGCUUGUUAAAGAAAUAAUGAACAAUAAAAAUGAUGUUUACCCAAAGAUAGAACUCGAAGGCCAUGUAAAGAAGCUGUUAGGAGAUGGGCUUUCGUCAACCAAAGGUGAUAAGUGGGUAAAGCUUCGAAAGCUUGCUAACGGUGUCUUCCAUGGAGAAAGCUUAAAAAACAUGAUUCCGGUGAUGAUUACUAGUACUGAAAUCAUGUUGCAAAGGUGGAAAGAACACAAUGGGAAAGAAAUUGAAGUAUUUCAAGAAUUUAGAGUAUUAACAUCAGAAAUCAUUUCAAAAACUGCUUUUGGGAGUAGUUACUUGGAGGGAAAGAAGAUUUUCGAUAUGCUCAUAAAGUUAGCAAUGAUCGUUGCAAGAAACACACAUAAUAUUCGGUUGCCAGGCAUAAGCAAUUUUGUAAAGAACAAGGAUGACAAAGAGGCAGAGAAACUUGAGCAAGGAAUCAAAGAUUGCAUUCUUGACAUCAUUAAUAAAAGGGACCAAAAAACGAGCAUGGACACGAGUAUUAGUGAUUUCCUUGGAGAAUUGCUUAAGGCAUCUCGUGCCAAAGAUGACUCAAAACGGAUAUCUUUCAAUGAUAUGGCCGACGAGUGCAAGACAUUUUAUUUUGCAGGACAUGAAGCAAUGACAUCUUUACUUGCAUGGACUAUUCUUCUUUUAGCAAUCCAUGAGGAAUGGCAAGAAAAAGCUCGUGAAGAAGUCUUCGAGUAUUUUGGCAAAGCAAACCUGAGUGAAGAUUCAAUAAGAAGACUCAAAACGAUGAACAAUAUUAUUGAAGAAUCGUUGAGACUCUAUUCACCAUCUCCUGUGUUGAAAAGGAAAGUUGAAAAAGAAGUUCAAUUAGGACAAAUGACCCUUCCACCAAAUAUGGAGCUAUACAUUUCGCCGUUAGCAAUUCAUCAUGACCCUAGAAUAUGGGGAGAGGAUGUUCAUUUGUUCAAGCCUGAAAGAUUUGAAGGAGGCAUAGCUAAAGCAACAAACAACAAAGCGGCUGCAUUCUUGCCAUUUGGGUUCGGCCCAAGAACAUGUGUCGGUAUAAAUUUUGCAAUGGUUGAAGCCAAGGUUGUACUUGCCAUGAUUUUACAAAGGUUUAAGUUUAAACUGUCUCCAAGUUAUGUUCACUCUCCUAUCCAAGCUUUUACGGUUAGACCCCAACAUGGUGUUCAAAUCAUUCUUGAGGCUAUCUAAACCAAAAGGUAA